AUGCUCGACCAGUCGCGCGCGGUGUCCCUCGCGCUCCUUGUCGCCGGCGUCUUUGUCCUCCAGAAGGUCUUGGACUUCCGGCGCGCCGUCGCGUCUAUCAACAACCUUCCAGGCUUCCGGACGCUCUUCAACGAGCGGUUCAUCUGGUUUCCCUUCCGCGUCCGCGGCGUCUCGCCCGGCAUCCAGUCCGAGGUCAACCUCUACCGCAAGUACAAGGACUUCGAGGAGGCCGGAUGGGACAUCAUGUCCGGGGUCAGCGUACUCCCCUCCGGUCAUGUCACGCUCUACCUCGCCGACCCCGUAGUGAUCAAGGAGGUCAUCGGCGCACGGUCUCGCUUCCCAAAGUCGCUCGGCCCCUACCAGAUCCUGCUGACGUUCGGACCGAAUCUCGUCGCGUCCGAGGGCGAGGACUGGAAGAAGCAGCGGAAGCUCGUCGCGCCUGCGUUCUCCGAGAAAAACAACAGGCUCGUGUGGGACGAGACGGUGCACAUCGUCGAUCAACUGUUCGCGACCGUCUGGGGCGACAAGGAGACGAUUGAUGUCGCGAACAUCACCGAUCUGACCGUACCGAUCACGCUCAUGGUGAUCAGUGUUGCUGGCUUCGGUCGGCGGAUCUCGUGGAAGGAGGACACCGCCGCGCCCCCUGGUCACAAGAUGACCUUCAAGGAAGCGCUCAACAUCGUGUCGCGCAACCUCUUCAUCGAGCUCCUCGUCCCCAAAUGGCUGCAGCGCUGGGGCACGCCGUACCUGCGCAGCUUCCACACCGCCAAACAGGAGCUUGAGGCGUACAUGCAAGACCUGAUUGAUCUCCGCCGGUCGUCAGAGGUCAAGGAGGAGCGUCACGACCUGUUCAGCAGCCUGCUGGACGCGCACGAGGGUCUCACGAUCUCCGGCGAGCGCAUGUCGGACGACAACCUGUUUGGGAACGUAUUUAUAUUCAUGAUCGCGGGCUACGAGACGAGCGCGCACUCGCUUGCGUACGCGUUGAUCCUCCUGGCCCUCCACCCGGAUGAGCAGGAGAAACUCUACGAGCACAUCCGCUCAGUGAUCCCCGACGACCAGACACCGACGUACGAGGACUUUUCCAAGCUCACGUACACUAUGGCUGUCUUCAACGAGACCCUCCGCCUCUUCCCGCCAGUAAUCACGAUUCCGAAGGAGUCCGAAGAAGACACGACUUUCACGACCACGAACGCGCUCGGCGAAAAGCGCACGAUCCCCGUGCCCAAGGGCACCUUCGUCACCAUCCACACCCCCGGGCUGCACAACAACCCGAAGUACUGGGACGACCCGGACGCGUUCCGGCCCGCGCGUUUCCUGGGGCCGUACCCGCGCGACGCCUUCCUGCCCUUCUCCGGCGGGCCGCGCGGGUGCAUCGGCCGCGGGUUCUCGGAGACGGAGUCGAUCGCGGCGCUCUCGCUGCUCGUCGCGCGCUACCGCGUCGAGGUGCGGGACGACCCGCGGUUCGCGGGCGAGACCCUCGACGAGCGCAAGGCGCGGCUGUGCCGGAGCAAGCUGAGCGUGACGCUGUACCCGACGUGCGCGCCGCUCGUGUUCAAGCGGCGGUGA